AUGCUACAGAAGAUGCCUGCAGCAAAUCGUCAGUUCUUUAUUGGUCUGGCAGUGGGUCACAUAUCAGCCUUUGUUCUAAUCAGUUUUAACGUGCUUGCCUACAUCCCCGUGCACUUUUCAGUACUCCAGUCGUACUAUGAAGAUAUUUAUAACAAGACAGAUUUCACGUCUUAUGACGAUACAGCUAAAAUGUCCAAUAAUCAAGUACUGUUGGUGAACGAUGUACACAUGCACAAUGAUAAUGACAGCGUAGCCAGGAAACUGAAGGAGCAAGUUCGAGUUCUGAUUUGGGUAUUGACCUCUCCUGCAAACAUGGAAAAGAGGGCAACUGCUGUGAAAAACACGUGGGCUCGGAGAUGUAACAAAAUCCUGUUUUUCAGCUCAAAGGACAAUGCAACAUUCCCUGCAAUCGGUCUUAACGUCCCUGAGGGCAGGGAACAUCUAACAGCGAAGACAAUGAAAGCCGUUCGCUACAUUUAUGAGCAUCAUUUUGAUGAUGCCGAUUGGUUUAUGAAAGCAGACGAUGACACUUACGUUAUUGUUGAAAAUCUGCGCUAUUUUCUGUCAGGCCAGAACACGAGCGAACCUGUUUUCUUUGGUCAUCAUUUUAAAUUAUUUGUAAAACAAGGAUAUUACAGCGGUGGUGGAGGUUAUGUUCUCAGUAAAGAAGCUUUACGAAGGCUUGGUCCGAAGGCAAACGACUCUUCAAUAUGCAGACAAGAUGGUGGUUCAGAGGAUGUAGAACUCGGACGCUGCAUGGAGAAACUGGGAGUUAGGACGGCUGAGAGCAUAGAUUCCAUGAACAGGAGUAGAUUUCAUUGUUUUGAUCCAGAGACUCAUCUGUCUGGUAAUUACCAUGUAACCUAUGCACAGUAUGAUUCACAUGGGGCUAAAAAGGGUCCAGAAAGUAUAAGUGACUAUGCCAUCAGUUUUCACACCAUCACCCCACAGAAGAUGCAAGCGCUAGAUUUCUACAUAUAUCAUCUUAAACCUUAUGGUAUCAACUCAGGAAAUCAGGACUUGAACAGGCGUGAAGAUAAAGACCUAAAACACUGA